AUUUCAGUAUGGCAUUUGAAAGUCGAGGUAAUAUGUGUGUUGUAAGUCUUCGUCCCUAAAUUGAGUGUAUGUGUUAAAAAAACUAAGUAAUUGCUGGUAAGGAUUGAUGUUAGGUGUUUUUUAAGAUGGUUACUCGGUUUUUGAGGUCAGGAACAUCACCGGUGAUAACAAAAUCCAACUCACUUAUGGUUUUCAGGAUAGAGCUAUUAAUUUCGGCUAGUGGUUUAGAUGGAAAAUUAGUUAGAUAUUUUGCAAAAACUGACAUCACUUGUAAUGCAUGAAUAAUCUGUACUCUUUAUAUGUUUGUGAUGAGCUGUUAUAAAUCAAGUGAAUUUGUAUAUGAAGGCAACCCAAUCUCCUAAUUCUGGGUAAGAUGGAAUAGAAAUUUUUUGGGAAAUGGCACGAAAACUCAAAAUUUUGCACGAACUUGGGAAAUUCCUUGAAACUAGGGAUUUUUCCAACAGGGAGAUUGGGAAAAUUUGGAAAUGAAUGAACAAGUAAAUACAUGGAAAUAAUUACAUAGUGAUAGUAUAAAAAGGCAGUAGUUUUCUGGGAAUUUAUGUGGGUGAGACGAAUGAGUGCGAAGCAGUUUUCUUAUUUUAAUGUACGUUUUCAACUCCUAUAACAAGCUUAAGAGGAUGGUAUAUGGUUACAUACGAGAUUGUCCGGUCUCUUCUUGCAUAUCUACUAAGGGAGCUGUGGACACAUCGUUUGAGAGAGCAUCCUAGAUAGAUAUUUUCGAUGAAGUAAGUUCGUUCUUCGAUAGAAAACUUUGCUAAUGUUAUCCAAGGCAGCGAUGUAAUUCGACGUGGACUACUUUACUAUGGUGUCUCGGACCACUAGAUGUUACACACGACUAUUAAGUUACCUCUUACUCUUCUAUGCUCCAUGGAGAAUAGUUUCAGGUGAUUAUUCCUUUUCUAAUAAAGUUAGUCCUCUAAAACUGUAACUCAUGUCCAGCGCUCUUAAAAAGUUAUGUCGGUGAUUUGAGAUUCUGACUAGUGUCAUGUUCUUUUAUUUAUCAACGUGACGAGCAUGUACGUUCUCUUCGUUCUGAUCUCUCGCCACUCUGAGCAUCCUAUGCCCGAACAUCAUCUAUAUUGUCAAUCGGUGUUAAGUCUUCCACAAAAUAUGUAUGACCCCGGCCUUCCAGUGACAAACUGGUCUCAUCAUAUAGUAUUAAAGUAUUCUUUGUCUUGGAAUCUGUCUACAUGGUUAAAUUAAGGCGCAACUGACAUAUCGUUUAUGAGAAAAUGCGUUGAUUAUCUUUUUUGUCUAUACAAAACCGUUGAAAAAUAUCCGAAUCCUUUGGAUAUUUCUUUGUUCUCUUUUAUUUAAACGUGCAAUACUAGUAAAUUCAGUUAUCAAGCGUUAGGCUGGCCCCAACAAGUAUUUUUCUAGUGAAAAUGGGACUGUGUGUGUAGUGGUAGGUUACGUCGAAAGGAAUGACAGCCUAUUUCUUGAGUUAUUCAGUCGUUGCUCAUGUAGUGACAAGCAUUACUAACUUUUUUAGAUCAUGCAUUUUAUGUCCAAUAUAUGACCUUAUCAUUACUAAUAACACCAAUAUUUCAACCCCUUUACUAUUAGCCAUGGUAAUUCACCUCACAUUAAUAUGAUGCAAUAGCCUAGAUUAAUGUCCGCUACAACGUAGGACCAGGCACAUAUAUGCAUCGGUCCAUGUUGCCAUACAUCAUUAGCACAGCGACAUGAAUACCGGAUUCAUAGUAGUUAAUUCAGUGGUGGUAAUAUAUAAAAGAAAGAUUGCAUAGCACAGGAAAAAAGAAUUAGUUAAUGUACCUUUGUGUCAGGCUGUAAGUUGGUCAAAAUGGAUUUAGUGCUUCUUCGUCUCAUACUAACUUUCCUUUCUUCACUUCGUUUUUGCCUUCAAUUCUGGGACCUCAUCGGUACGUAAAUCUCAAUUUUCUGAAAAGCUUCUCUAAUGUUGGUAUUACCGCUUCAUCAUUCUAUUGCAACAGAUACAGGGUAUUCCAUGAACAUAUACAUAACGUCCUUCCAUGCAUCCAGCGUCUUCCAUGAAGAAAUUGCUCCCAACAUACUUUUCACCGGAUAACAUUGUAACAUUUCGGAUUGUCGUGACGCAUUUAACAUGAACAAUUUUGUUGGACAUACGAUCUGAAAAAGCUAGUUCGAUUUCCUCUAAAACCAAUUAUUCAUCCCAAUAAGAUUUGUUAUGCCAAAAAUUGAGUAUAUUGGUCGUCCAUCUUUACACUUCUACGGCAAGCUCCUGUCAGAAAUAGCCAAAAACCUUAAAAACCGCGCCAAGGGUAGAGUAGUAAUAAAGGAAACUGAAACAACAGAAUUCAAGGAGCCAUGCUAUUACAUUUUAAAAAAUGUUGUUCCACUUAUGUCUGAUAAAGGCUGGAUGAGUCAACUUUUGUCGAAGCAUUGCAUCAACGCCUUCAUAUUCUAUUAGAUCUUAUUCGAAUUAAUUUUACUUAAGACGGGAAAAUCAAGUCCAUCAUUCAUUGUCUCCUAUAUUAGAGGAUACUGACCAACAGAGCGAUGAAACAACACACUUUGGAAUGGAUGUGCUUUCCUUUGAUUCCUACACUAGUCGUAGUCAAAUGGUUUAUAUCAACUCAAAAUCCUCACCUUUACUUGAUAACAAAAGUUCAGUCAGAAUACAAAUUCAGUCUCUGUAGGACUCAGAACACGAAUAUGGUGAUUUAUGGAAUUCUCAGUCAACUUUUGUAAAACUGAUUUCUGUCUGUGUUCAGUAUAGUUAUGGGAAAUUAAUUAGUCACAUCAACUACUCCAUCCCUCCGGAACUUUACACUUAUCUGCUUAAUUACAUCAUUUAUGUGCUCUAGGAACGAGUAUUUGUAUUAGUUUCAACAUACUUAUCUGUCAACUAGGUAUUCAAUAUAGAGUGUAAAUGUAAGCCUAGAUCUUUUAAACUUCAUCUAAAUAGUCAUUUUGGCGAUUACCUAGUCUAUCAUGUUAAUUUCAUUGAACUUGAUGAGAUAUUUCACAUCACAGUUGAGUGAUUAAUGUUGUUAUAAUUGGUGUAGAUGAAGCCUAAUUUGGUCUACUACAUGUAUUUCUACUGAAACGUUUUACUUAUCACCUUUUGGAAAAUAACUUACUGCUUCAAGUAACUUGAAUAUGCUCAUGCUAAAUAAUCUGAUCGAAUGUGUUUACGUUUACGAGUUUAUUUUUGCUGCUGAAUUUCCUAUUUUAUCAUCAAUUAUCUGGGUUCAUUUUUAUAAAGUCUGAUGUUAGAUGUAGAGCAUGGGGUAUACGGGUAUUCCGUGGCCGAAAUCUUGGCUAUUGUCUCCUACCAAAUACCCAUGAACCAGAUUGGCGUCUUCUAUCACCUAGUGAAGCUGAACGUCUAACGUCCAUGUCAACAAAAACUGAUUUGGUCGCUCCGGAUGUUCCAGUUAGCUGCGUUGCUCAAGCUCCCCCUUUAUUGACAAUAUUUUUACGAAGAAAAAAUGUACUUCCACCACAAGUAGUGGAAGAAGCUGAAAAAUCUACUCACUCUUUAGAUAUACAACAAUCAAUGAGAGAAGCUAGUGGUUUAUUAUUGUUAACACCUCACCGCUAUGAUCCGACAAGUUUCAAAGUUCCUAUUGAACCGACUUCCGAGGAGAAAUCACGUAUGUAUCCUCCAUAUGAAUGGUCAGCUAAAAAAGGAUUAAUUAUAAAGCCAAAUUUGGAUCGAGAUUCUUAUUUAAUUCGUCGAUCUGAUACACCUGGAUUGUAUUGGCGUGUUCAUCUAGCGAAAUCUUCCAAAACAGAACAAGAUAGUGAAACAGUUUCAUAGACAGGAAAUUGUUAUCAAAAGAACUGGAUUAGCUAUAUUCUUGAUUGUUGAUAAU